AUGAUGGCCACUGCUGGAGGUGUGAUGAGCAAGCUACCGUGGGAUCCAUCACCGCUGUCACCAUCGACUCGUAGACUGGGACCGGGGGAGGAAGACCAGCAGCAGCACCAGCUCCAGCUCCAGCACCAGCUCCAGCUCCAGGAAGAGGACCACCACCCUCGUCGACCCUGGACAGCGGCAACGAUGGCGGUGGACCGUCAUGAGCUCAUAAGUUUCCUUGACGACGCGGACGCGGACGAUAUCUUCCUGUCUUAUUCCUCUACUACUACUGAUGGUAUUGCUUCGUCUCUCUUUAUCGUUGACACCAACAACGACAAUAACCAUCUGAUAAUUACCACCACCAACAACAACAAAAACAACAAGACCAUCAAUAAUAACCAAAAAGACACCGCCUCCGCCACCACAGCCGCCACCACCAUUGGCUCAUCGUUUCCCCGAUACCCUUCCUUUUACUCGUCUGCCCGGUCUAGCCUCGAGUCGACAGGCGUAACCACCUGGUCGUCGACAACGAACACGACCCCGACGGAGACAACGUUGACAAUGGCGCCUUUGUUCGGCUUGGGCGGCGCCGGCGCUAAGAACAAUGGCAAGACGGCAGCCCCGGCGGAGACAGCGGAGGGCGUGAGGACCAGCGAAGAUAGCGUGGACCGGUCCCACGGCCUCUGGAACUAUUUGCACCACGGACUCGAUGGCUACAGCUCUCCCGACCUACGACAGCUGCGCCAACCCUCUACGAUCUGA